GUUUCCAUAAAACCGCGGUUUAAAUUCAAGAUCAGAAAAGUGCUCUCAUGGAUUGCUAAAAAUUAUUUUUAUUAUAGAGCGCUAGCUAGCUAUCUAGUUGAAGUCGUAUUUGUGUACUUUACCUCUGCUUUUGACAUUCACUAAAAACAACAACCUAGGACCAGUAUUACAGCAUACUGAAAUCUUACGUAUAAAUGGACCAAGGAACCACUGCCCCUCAUAUUUCUGUUGUAUCUCAACCGUUGUCUGAAAAUGACUCUGGUCUUGACUUUGGUUGUGAAGCAAUGGAUGAUAGUCUGACUGACAUGCAGUGGCUUCAAAAAAUGGAUGCCGGGGAUGAGAUACCAGGAAUGCGGUGUAUACAGUCUCGCAAACGUAGAGCUACUAUCUUUGCAGAUGAAACAGUAGAAACAAAGGAAAGCUGUCGCAAGAAGCUGGAUUACUGCAGUGUAAAGAAAGGAACCAGCAAUAAACCCCCUUUGUCGUAUGCUUCUCUCAUAGCACUGGCUAUAUGCAGUACUCCACAACGAAUGCUGACAUUGAGCGGUAUUUAUAAGUGGAUCGAAAAUACUUUUCCUUUCUAUCGUACUCCGGCAGCUAAAGCCUGGAAGAAUUCAAUUCGCCACAAUCUCUCUAUUCGAAAGGGAAUGUUCAUGAAAGUGUACCAGUAUCCACCUCGAAGAGGAAAUGGGUCAUACUGGACUCUCUUGGCAGAUGGGGAAGAUGAACUGAAGCGAGCCAUCCCCCUUUUUUCCACUUUUCAACCUCCAGUUAUUGAUCCUGAGUCAGUUUACAAUCGAACGCCAACCACUCACACAGUUAAGAGUCGAGGGCAAUUUAUCCCUGUUUUGCCUAGAUCAGAUAGAGUUGCUACUAACCGACCAUACUUUUCUGUUAGUAAUACUGUUGGCUAUAUUCCACAUCAAGAAGAAGUGCUGCUUUUGCAAUCAUCUGAAGAUGAAUCUAUAAUAUUGCAGAAAUCUUCUGAAAUAGCCGAACAUAAGGUCACCUGUAUACCUUUACAUUUAAUCGACCAUAGCUAUGCUAAGCAGCUGCCUAAAGUGUACAUACACAGGCAAAGUCCAAAUACUGACGAUGAUGACUCUAUCAAUUCUGAGGCCACCAUUGAAGCAAUCUUCACACCCAAGCGGAAAAAAAGAAGAGAAAUCUUGGUCAAUAAAUGUUGUCGAUCUUCUAAAUCAUGGCAUACUACAAACAAAGAAAAUUGUUGUAGAUCUUCUACUGGUCACCAAUGCUCUAUGUUUGCAAUGACUACCCCCUCAAGAGAGCACGAUAUUAGUCUCAGCUUCCUCGAUUCAUCACUACUUACGCCACUCAAAGAUAUAGUCAAUGACAUAGAAAUUGGACCUGGAGGGAUAUCUUUAUCACCUCUUUAUGCUAAUUUUGUGUCUCCACAUUGUGGUACUCCAAAACGACGACCAGGCUCAAAUAUUGUGCCGUCACCUCUCACUCCUCUAAACGACCCUAAUAUGGAUAGUGGAAUCUUCACGCCUUUCCGACCAUCUACAUCCCUUGAUUCUCCAAGCAUGAAGUGUAGUACACCAUUGAAACUUUUUAGUCCGAUUUCAAACAUUCUGCCCCCUUUUGGUACACCUCAUCAUGACAUGUUUCCUUCUUUGAAUGUCACGAGUGAAUCUCCAAAUACUUCAAUUAGGAUAGGGUCACUGCAAGCACUAGGUCUCCCAGGACUGACACCUCCUUCUCUGUCUAGGUAA